GGUCUGAGAUAGAGAGACUGCACAAAAGCCAUGGCCGAUAUUGGAGGAGAGAAAUCCAUGCCCCUUCCUCUCCAUAAGCUUCAGGUAUCCACAUGUGUGGGGAUCAACCGUUUUCUCGCUUUCCUCCACACGUGUGGGAUCUUUGCCCUAGCUUACUAUAGGCUAGCAUGCCUUCCAUGUCUGCCCAUGCUCAUUGCUGAGCUGACCUUUGGCUUGAGCUGGGCCCUUAGUCUGGGAUUUCGAUGGAAACCGAUUUUUCGGCAAACUUUGUCGGAGAAUCUCACCAAAAUUAUCAAGGAAUCGAGUCUUCCAGCGAUUGAUGUGUUCGUUUGCACUGCUGACCCUUUUAAGGAGCCUCCUAUAGGGGUUGUUAACACAGCUCUUUCGGCUAUGGCAUUUGAUUAUCCGACUGAUAAAAUCUCGGUCUAUGUUUCUGACGAUGGCGGGUCGGAGCUCACCCUGUUUGCUUUCAUGGAGGCUGCUAAGUUUGCAAAGCACUGGCUGCCCUUCUGUAGGAGCCAUGGAAUCCAACUAAGAAGCCCGGAGGCUUACUUCACUAGUGGCAUGGUUAAUGGGUGCUCUUAUGGUGAUUAUAACGAUAUUAAGGAGUGUCAGCGCCAAAUAUGCUGUGUCGACGCCAAUAUGGUGAGGUAUGAGGCAAUGAAAGACAAAGUGGAAAGUGUUGUAAGCAAAGGGUGCGUUAGUUAUGAUGUCUUAGCUAACCAAGAAGAGUGCCUUGCCUUCAAGCCAUGGACAUCACAUUUCACUCCUCAAGACCAUCCUACAGUAAUUCAGGUAGUGUUAGAGAAGGGAAAGGAUGUGGAUGUGUCAGGGCACCCAAUGCCAAACCUCGUAUACUUGUCAAGGGAGAAAAGGAAGGGAACUCAACAUCGUUUCAAGGCCGGUGCUCUCAAUGCUUUGCUUCGCGUGUCGGGGUUGUUAAGCCACGCCCCGAUUCUCCUCACGCUCGACUGCGACAUGUACUGUAGUGAUCCAAGUGCCCCACGCCAGGCAUUGUGCUACCUGCUUGACCCAAUGCUCCACGAGGACCUGGCAUUUGUGCAGUUCCCUCAGCGCUUUCAAGGCGUAGCAAAGACCGACAUUUACCACUGCGAGCACACGCGUCUCUUCCGGAUCAACCCAAUUGGAAUGGAUGGGAUUUGGGGAGCCCCUUAUGUCGGUACCGGUGCCUUUUUCCAGCGCUGUGCGUUUUAUGGUCCUCCUCCGGUUCCAGGUCCAGUUCCAAUUCCAGUGCCUCAAGAGGAUGAGGAUUGGGAUUCGGAUUCUGAUUCUGAAUCUGACAGGGGUUUUAUUUGGGUCCGGAAGGUCCUUGCCGAUGCCUCUCAACUUGCAGCUUGCACUUAUGAGCAAGGAACGGAUUGGGGCUCCAAAAUUGGUUUCAGAUAUGGUUCAUUAGUUGAGGAUUACUACACGGGCUACAGACUUCAUUGUGAGGGUUGGAAAUCAGUUUUUUGCAAUCCAAAGAGGCCUGCUUUCCUUGGAGAUGUGCCAAUUACCCUAAAUGAUUUGUUAAGCCAAUGCAAGAGGUGGUGCGUAGGCUUGUUAGAGGUGGGCUUCUCAAAAUACUGUCCCCUCACGUAUGGCUCAUCGAGGAUCUCUUUGCUCAUGGGUUUGGGCUACGCUCACUAUGCCUUUUGGGCCCUAGACUCAAUUCCCAUCACCAUAUAUGCCCUUCUCCCCCCACUUGCUCUCUUGUAUGGCACAUCCUUGUUUCCCAAGGUUUCAGACUACUGGUUCUUUCUCUAUGCCUACCUACCACUAGUUGCCUAUGCCCAAGACCUAUCUGAAUUCUUGAUGACUGGAAGCUCUUUUAAGAGAUGGUACAAUAGUCAGAGGAUGUGGAUGAUCAAGGGAGUGACUGCCUAUGCCUUUGCCUUGUUCCAAUUCUCUCUUCAAACAAUGGGAAUUCCCUCUCUCAGCUUCAAUGUGACAAGCAAAGUGGUGGAUGCUGAUCAAAGCAAGCGUUAUGAGCAGGAGAUAUUUGAAUUUGGAGUUGCUUCCCCCUUCUUCUUGACCGUAUCCAUAGUUGCCCUUAUUAACUUAAUAGCAUUUGGAGUGGGGAUUUUGAGAGUAAUUAUGCAGGGGAGUUUGGAUGGUCUGUUUCUGCAGUUGGUUCUAUGCGGGUUCCUGGUGGUCAAUUGUUGGCCUGUUUAUGAGGCCAUGGCUUUGAGGAUGGAUGGUGGGAAGAUACCGGCGAAGGUUACUUUGCUGUCGAGCUCGAUUGCGGUGGUGGCAUGCAUGGUUGUUGCUUUUUUGGCCUAUUGAUGGUUUCUCCUAAACCUGAUAAGGCUUAGGGUCACUUAUCCGGAUUACUUUGAGGCCAUUACAUGACAUUUGAAAGUGUAGCAUUAAAAACUCUCUCUCUCUCUCUCUCUCUAGAUUAAGGUCACUUGUUCUGAUAGGUUGUAGCCAAUGGCAUAGGUCAUAUGUCCCACAUGCUAUUUGAAAGUGUAGCCUUAAUUUCUUGUUGAGCUCCAAGACUGAUCUCUCUUGGUACAAUGCAGAUAUACACAACAGAGUCUGGUGUGCUCUUCGGUACAAA